GCUUCCCUUCCAUGGACAUUUCCCUAUACGUCAACUCCGCGACCCCGUCUGUUCAUCGCAUUUUAAAGGGGAUAUGCCAGCAACGUGGGCGCGGGACUGCGCCCAUCUCUGCGCGCAACUAAUUUUGACAUAAUCUUUGCGAAAUUAUGAAGUCAAGAGUACUACAUGGACACAGAAACGCAUUUCUAACACAGUAGUGUGCAUUUGCCGUGAAUUAUUACAUGGGGAAGUUGUUUGCUGUGAGUGGCGCAUAAUCUGGCCAGGUUGUUCGUUGCAUGCAUGGUGUAAAGUGGAUGGGAGUGAAAAACAUAUUGGACAUAUUUCUUUGGUCACUGUGUAGAUGAUAGUGUAUGUUUAAGGUGAUAGUACCUCAGGCUCGAACGAUGAACGAGGAGGUCAUUUGUGGCUCACGCUACUAACGUCAUCCAUUUGCUUGGCGCUUCGCUUCCUUGUACGAAGCCAAUAGAAUGAGUGCUGAGAGAAAGAGGGGCCGGUCUGGUCUCUGACAUCCGAUUCUUUCCCUAAUCCUGUGCUGAUGGAGGAAUUUUAAAUCCGCUUUCCAACCUGCCAUAGGAGCUGUGAGUGAGCGGAGGCGGAGGGCAAAUCUGUUGAAUUGGGUUGUUUGGUUACUUUACGUGUGGACAUUGAUCUAUGAGAUCCAACCAUGACUAAUUUAACGGGGAGUAUCUCUGUGUAGCCUAGUAUAUAUAAAUAUUAAACAAAUGAAAGAGGAGGAGUCGUUUGUCGUUUGUUUAUGGAUAAAGGGAUGCAGGGCGCAUUUACAAAGGGGACCGGAGCCACUUGGAGAUGGGACUAAACGCCGCCAGACCUUGCGCAAGUUGAUUUUUUGCACCGCGCAAGGAAACUCAACAUAGGCUGAGAUUCUUGGUCUUGAAAAGCUAUUAUCUCCUCGUAGUUAGGAGGCACAACAUGACAGAUACGACUCGAGACCUGUCACAAUAUUUUUUACUACAUUUUAAUUAGGGUUCCUUUAAAUCAUAUUUGGGACACAAGUUUCCUUUGCAGUAGUGAAAUUUGGACCUUGAAGCUUGUUGUUCCGCUCAAAUUUACCACGGAUGAAAAGGCAGCCACAUAUCAAGCUAUUUUUGUACGCGUGAGUCGGCAACUGCAUCCUUUCUGCAAAGGAUGCACCCAGAAAACAACAGUAACUCGUCUGAGAAUGUGCCAACAGGCGCCGGUGGUCCUGCCCACGAGAGGGCUGAGGUGAACGGACUGGACCAGGCAGAGGUAUCAAAUUGCGAACUGCAGACUGGACAGCGAGAUCAGUCUGCUCAGAAUACGAUGGAGCAUAAAGAGGCAGUCCAUGUCCCAGACAAACUCGAGGAGGCGAAUCAGUGCUGUGAGGGGAGCGAGAGUAAAAAUGCCCCGGAGGAUAGCACGGCACAACUCAUCGAAACGGGAUGUACCGAGAAAAGGCCACUCUCGCCACAGACAGGUCAGGCGCCAAGCGCCAUGCAUGGCUCGGACUUCGUGCCCCCCGAGGGUGGAUUCGGCUGGUUGGUGGUCUUCGCCGCUACCUGGUGCAACGGGUCCAUCUUCGGCAUACAAAACUCCUUUGGCAUUCUCCACUCUAUGUUGGUAAAAGCGCACGUGGACCCUGACGACAAAGCAUCGCAGUUUAAAGUAGCAUGGGUCGGCGCGCUGGCCAUGGGAAUGAUCUUCUUCUGCUCUCCUGUCGUGAGCAUGUUCACAGACCACUUUGGCUGCAGGAAGACAGCGGUGGGGGGUGCGUUUGUGGCCUUCCUUGGGUUGCUGGCCACUUCAUUUGCAAGCUCCCUCGUCCUCCGCUACUUCACCUACGGGAUCCUCUUUGGCUGCGGCUCGUCCUUCGCCUUCCAGCCGUCGCUGGUCAUCCUCGGCCACUACUUCCGCCGGCGGCUGGGCCUGGCCAACGGCGUGGUGACGGGCUGCAGCAGCCUCUUCUCCAUGGGUCUGCCGGUGCUCCUGAAGAAGGUGGCCGAGCCUCUGGGCCUGAGCGCCACCUUCCAGAUCCUCAGCAUCUUCAUGCUGGUGCAGGCCCUCCUGGCCCUGACCUUCCGCCCGCUCCUGCCCUGCCGGGGCAGUGGGCCGAUGGGGUCGCCCGGAAGCGCGGCAUUGGAGGCCGGGGGUGGCGGAAGCCGGUGGCGGCGAGGAGUCUCCGCGGUGAAGGCCUUCUUCAACCUGCGAGUGUUCCGCAUCGUCACGUACCGCGUGUGGGCGUUCGGCGUCGCCACGGCAGUGCUCGGCUACUUCGUGCCAUACGUUCAUCUGAUAGAGUUUGUGGAGGAGCAGUUCCCGAAGUCGGAGAAAGACUGGAUUCUACUGGUAUGCAUCGGUGCCUCGUCGGGAGUUGGACGACUCAUCUUUGGGAAAGUGGGAGACCUCAUUCCAGGGGUAAAGAAGAUAUACAUGCAGGUGGCGUCCUUCAUGGUGCUGGGCCUGAUGUCCAUGAUGAUCCCCCAGUGCCGUGUGUUUGAGGGCCUGGUGGUGGUGUGUGUGUUCCUGGGGCUCUGUGACGGCUGCUUCAUCACCAUCAUGGCGCCCAUCGCCUUCGAGCUCGUGGGGCCCAUGCAGGCCUCGCAGGCCAUUGGCUAUCUGCUCGGACUCAUGGCUAUCCCCAUGACUGCUGGCCCUCCCAUAGCCGGUCUCCUGCACGACUAUUUUGGCAACUAUGACGUGGCGUUCUACCUAGCUGGCGUGCCGCCCAUCGUUGGCGGGAUGGUACUGUUCUGCGUGCCCCUGGUCUACCAGCGCAUGGCCAGGGCACAGAAGAAGGAGCCGGAGGACCCCAGCGCCGACAGGAUGCUAAAGAACUGCUCCAACGGAGACAUGCUCCCCGGCUUCACCGACAUGGAGACCCACAUCUGAGAGCUCCUGCCUGCCAUGCAAAGUCCAGAGGGAUUCUGUUCACCAGCACAUACUCAACUGUGACCUGUAAGAGUCUCCGAAACCAUGGCAACUAUGCAUUCAUAGUUUGUCACAGAACUGUCAACAAAGUUACUAGAAUCCAGGACAUGUUCAUAGGAGAAGAAAUGUUGUUGCUUCAAAGCCCUCCAUAGUCCUUGAGAAUGCCUUCACACAUCCCUACACAACCCGUGUCCCAUAUGAUGUGACAUAUUAACUGAAAGAGAAAGUUUGAUGAUAUUGUGUGUGUGUGUGUGUGUGUGUGUGUGCGUGCGUGCGUGCGUGCGUGAGUGCGUUUGUGUGUGUGUGUAGCGGAGGUAGGACUAAAGGUAGGAUAUAUGAUAGAGACCCAGAGGGGGUCAACAAAUGUUGGCAUGAUGGUGUUCAGUCAUACCCUGUCAUUUUGUUUAAUGUACUCAUAGCAUAGAUUCUCCCCAGUCAAAGAACAAAUGGUUUGUUUGGUUGAAAAUACAGUGGACUGGAGUAGAUGCCUUUUAACAGGAACUGGGUGUUGUUUUCUGCAUAUGCAAAAUAUGAUAUAAUGUUGUGGGUAAGAUCCAGCUGGAAGUUAUUGAAGGACUACUCCAUAACUGAUUACUUCCUUGUAAAAAAGCCUUUUUUAAAAAUGUGUUUUCAUUUAUGUUCUAUUUUUUCUGUCUGUUAUCUACCAAGUUAAAUUUGUAAUAUGCUUCAAAUUUAUUUUGUAUAACAAUAUUUUGGUGACAAAUCGAGAAAAGCAACACAUGUUUUUAUAUAUGCAUAAGUUAGUUUUAAUACAUCUUUAAUUACUUACAAAACCAGUCUCAAAUCCUACGUAUGCCACUAUGCACACAUUAAUAUGCAGUAGUUUUGCAGUCUGUGCCAUUGGCUACAUAAACAUUAGAUUACUAUGUUGGAAAAAAUACAUAGUCUCAAUGGACUAUGUAGAGCCUUAAUUCCCUCUGUAUAAGUGCUACAUCUCUCCCCCAUUAUAUUGCAUUCAUUUGGCAGUGUCUGAUAGGAAACAUCUCACCUCAUAUGAUUUGCAUAAUGAUUUUUGGCUUCAGAUUUGUAUUGAUUUUCUUGAUAUGCAUGUAGAACACUGACUCGUAGAAUGAUUUUAUUUUCCUUGUUCUGUGUGAAAAAUGGCUCCAAGGUCCUCUGUGUGAAUCAUAGCAAGCAAUGCUAAUGAGAUGGAGCAAAGAUCAGAUAUUGAGAUGGUGUGUGGUUGUGUGAAAACGUCCCUUUUAAAUCCGUUUGUUUGUUUGGUUGUUUUCUUUUGUUUAUUUGACAAAACGGUCAGUGCACUGCUUGUUAUCUUCUGGUUGAAGAAGUACCUCCUGACAAACAUUAAUUGAACACUAAGCAUUGGCUUGACAUUAAGACUAAUCAGAGUUGUUUUUGAAGGAUUGGCACGCAUGCAUACCACUGACAUUCUCAGCACCAUAUUAUGGUAUGUCGCUAUGAUAUGAGAAACAAACAGUGUAGCAUGUGUCCCCUUCAUUUUUCAGUGAAACGUCAGUUUAGGAUCAUUGUUGUAAUUCCGUCAUGUUGUCAAAGGACAACAACAGCAACCCCUUGCCUAGUUCUCCCAAAAUUAAGCUUGUGCCAGUUAAAGUAUCUGUGAACAAAUCGUCUUUUGCUUGAUUCAUUGACCUCCGUCAAAAGAAGUAGGCGACUACAGUAGCUUUCUAAUUGACAUCUUCUGAGCUUUAUAUGUUUUUAUAUUGGACAUGCUUUUCCUUUGGAGUCAGUAUAGUAUAAACAAUAUCGCCUCACUUGGAUCAGUGCUUAGGGAUCCCUUUUUAGACAGUAAUUCAGCACUGUUCCCUUACCAUAUGGAUCAUGUACCUCUCCUGAUAACUGGUUUCACUACUUCCUGUUUUCUGUGAUAGUACCUUGAAUAGGUGUGUGUAGGAGUGUGCCAAGGUCAGAACAUACCUCAACUGCCCUCUCCUCUAGGUAAAGUCAAGAUAAAAAAAAAAAAAAAAAAUAUAUAUAUACAUAUAUAUAUAUAUAUAUAUAUAUAUAUAUAUCUCACACACACACACACUCUCUCUCUCUCUUUUUUCUGAAAUGCCGUUGCACUUAUCUCUAUCUCCCACAAAAGGCAGAAUGCAUGUUUCAGUCAGACUUUUAAGAGAGUGGGGAGGGGGUUGUGCAUUUGAGAUUCAGAUUUUGUGUUUCGUCUCACUUCGUAGAAUGUCUCAGGAACUCAGGGACUGCUUGUUGGAUAGUUCCAGAUGCUCUGUUACCUUCUCUCUCUUCAGGUCACUUUCUCCUGUGCUUGCUGUAGCAUUUUUCCGCCCUAUGGGGUCAGAACAAAUACACAAUAGGAAACAGAGCCUGCUGCUUUCUUGCGGUGUUGGUGUAGAGACACUGUACAAUCUAAGACCACAAAAAAUCAACUGUAUGCUGCUUUUUCUGUUCUUUUUUUUUUAAGUCAGGCUUUGCGAAAACAGCAUACAUGUGCCAUUAAUUGAGUUCAGCUGUCCACAUUCUUUGCUUUGUGUAGCUCGAGCGUAUUUCUUCCGCACUUCCCAAAUCGGUGAUAGACGGUCUUCCAUGACAUGGUUUAUGUUUUUACCAAAUGUAACGCAGGCUGUGUGUGCGUGUGUGUGUUUCUGCGUGUGUGUGUGGCUGUGUGUGUGUGUGUGUGUGUGUGUGUGUGUUUUUUUGUCUGUGUGUGGUUUGUGUGUGUGUGUGUGUGUGUGGUUUGCGUUUGUGUAUGUGUGUGUGUGGUUGCACUGUUUCAGUGCGAGCAGGACGCAGGGAGAGAGCAAAGGAAGAGAGCAUUUCUGAGCCCUGUGGAGUCUAUGUUUCCGUUCCGUAGAAACCACUCCCUCUCGAUGCCUCUCUAUGGCCUCCACUUGCUUUUUUUUUUUAAGUUUGCAAAUCUCCAGCAUUCAAAAAUGUUACUGUCAGUUUAUAGGGAAAACACAAAAUUAUCUCACAGCUAUUACCUCAGAAACUGUUGAAAUUCCUCCCUGUAUUUGCAGGGAGUUGCCAUGGCAUUACCUUGGAAUAGGACCCAAUCGAUAAAUGACUGAAAUCACAGCAAUUUUAUUCCACAUAAUGGAUAUAUCAUAUCCACAGUAACAUGCAGAUUUGAUGAUGUUCUGGGUGUUAUCUUUUUAUUUCUCUAGUGACUUAGUCACUUACAGUUUAAAUCUGCCGAAUUAGGAUUUAUUUUUAUUCUUUUUUUUUUUUGCCAAGGCAGUGUGUUUGUAUCAAUGUCAAUUUUUUGUGACUAAUUUGUAAACUGAUUUCUUUUUCUCCUGUCAAGAAAUUAAAUAUUUUAUGACAGUGCAGUGCCUGCAUAGAAAAUAUAUGCUGUAUUAAUUCUACAGAAGAUAAAUGUUUUGUAACACACAAAUGAACAUAUAACAGUUUACAUAAUCUUUAUAGAAUCCUCUGUGGAGCACAGCUCAUAUAUGCAUCAUAUAUAUAAAUAUAAAUCUAAAGCUUUCUUUAAGUAUGUAUAUUGUAACUAUCCUCCUAGAGGCUGUUGCUUUUAAUCUGAUGAAACAUGUUCUCUUCAUGUUCUGCUUGUCAAAUUAAACAUCUUUUAAAUGCAGAUGUAAAAUUACAUUUUUAAAAUACUGUUUUAGGGCCAAGCCUUUCUUGACAGACUGAGUAUUUGGAACGGAACGUUGAUAACAGUCCUCUAACUCAAAGAAGGCUUUUCUACCAAGACUUGGGCUGUGGUUCUCUGUGAACCAGAGUGCACGAGUUUACUUUUGUUUGGGGAUUCUCUCUGACCGAGUGCUAUCGCUGUGUAUUGUCUGUGCAACUUGGGCACCUCUUCUCCAAACCUCAAUCUUUUGAUAUCAUUUGGUUUUGAUACCACUUUUGGUUUUUGCACCCCAUCACAACAAAAAGAAGGAAGCCUACGCUCAAAGACGUUCUGCUGCUAGGGAUGAGUAAUUUUGUGUUUAUGUGAAUAGUUUUUGAUCCUCAAUAGUAUACAUCUUUUUUCUAAUAAACCAACAAUAAGCGGA